AUGCCACAUUCAGACAACUCGCCCUCGUCCUUAGCAUCCUCCUUCACCAAAUUGCCUCCCUUCCCUGACAAUGUCCCCACCGCACCACUCCUCCGCAUCUCACUCGCCAAGCUGCUCAACCGCAAUGAAGAAGAGCAAGAGCGGUGUUGGCACGCAUGCCAAGAGCUAGGCUUCUUCUACCUGGACCUACGCGGAGCCGAGGGCGACGGCGACGCCCUCCUCGCCGACGCGGACCAACUCUUCCAACUCAUGGCGGCCUUCUACGACCUGUCCGUCGCAGAGAAAGUCAAGUACGAUUUCAAGAGUAGAGGGAGUUACUUUGGGUACAAGGGGUAUGGAGAGGGGAUUAUCGAUAGAGAGGGGACAAGGGAUAGGAAUGAAUUCUAUAAUAUUUCGAAAGACGAUGUCCUUGGGCUGGCGGAGAAAUUGCCGAGUCCUGCGUGUUUGAGCGCUGAUGAAGAGAGGAGGUUGUUUGCACGCUAUAUCAAGCGCAGUCAUGGGAUCUGCGAGGCAGUUAUCGCUCUGCUGUCGAGCCGGCUUCUGCUCGCGGAGACGGCGCGGCGUAGCGGUGGAUUGGCGGCGCUGCACCGGUUGAUGGAGCGGUCGGGCGAUCAGAUUCGGUUCGUUAGAGCGCCGCCGCAGGAACAGAGGACCAAGGGUGUGGCGCUUGGCGAGCAUACGGAUUUUGGGAGUGUGACGGUGCUGUUUAAUCGGUUGGGGGGCUUGCAGGUUAGGCUGCCGAAGCAUAUGGAACCUGUCCCGCCGAAUGAGACGUCGCAGGCUGCGAAUUCUGUCGAGAAGAAGCUGUGUGAGGAUGGGUGGUGCUAUGUCAAGCCUCUACCGGGACAUUGCGUGGUUAAUCUUGGCGAUGCGCUGGUUAAGUUUUCGGACGGCCAGUUGCGGAGCAACAUACACCGCGUUGUUGCGCCCCCUGGAGAACAGGGUGAGGUGACAAGGUAUAGUCUUGUGUACUUCUGUCGUCCUGAAGACGACGUCUUGCUGCGCAGUCUCGUCGGAGGUGGGCAAGAAGGACAAGAAGAGGCGGUCACGGCGAAGGAGUGGAUCCUGCGGAGAGCUUUGGGGAGGAGGGAAGCCGGCGGUUGGGAGAAGAGCGGCGGGACGGAAGAGGGGAGUAUGAGGCGGGGUGGCAUGAGAGUGUAG